AACACGUCUGUCGAAGAGUAAUGCAUUCUCGAAGAGGCCGCGACCCCGCCCGCGCCGAGCGAUGCGUACGAAUGGUUGGCAAGCGCCCUUUGACCUGCUGCAGGUCGUGGCAUGGGUCACCUUCCCCGUCCUCCUCGGCGGCUUCUUCGCCUUCUACGUGCCCUUCCUGCCGGCGACGCUGGCCAUCGUCUUGGGCGUGAUCUACGGCACGAACGGUGUGUUGAUCAUGGUCUUAGCGGGUCUCUGCACGUAUAUCAACCCCGCGGACAGAAACAUUCUGACCGAGGCCGAGCUCAGUCCUGCGCAGAUCACGGACGACCUGCUGUACUGCAACGUAUGCACAAAGUACGUCGAUAAGCGAUCGCGCCACUGCCGCCUUUGCGAAAAGUGCGUCGCGACGUUCGACCACCACUGCAAGUGGCUGAACAACUGCGUCGGCGCCCACAACUAUCGUUAUUUCUUCGUCCUGAUCUGUUCGACACUCGUCUUUACGAUGUUUCAACUCGCGGUCGGUGUUUACCUAUUUGCCACCUCGUUUGCUGACCCGACAUCGAUUACUAGCAAUGGCGCUGCGACGUACGGAUGCAAGGAUGGGACUCCAGCGUCAGGCACGAACGUUUGUACCAACGACGGAUACAUGUUUCCUCUCGUCGCCGUCAAGAUUCUGCUUGGCCUCUACUCAGCGUUCCUGGUCCCAUCGACGGUGUCUAUCCUGCAGCUCGUAAUAUUUCACAUCAAGCUCUGCCGGAACGGAUCCACGACGUACGACUACAUCGUUGAGCAGCGACGGGCAAAAAUUGCCCGCGCCCGCGGCGACUCUGCAUUGGCAAAUGACGAGGGCGAUCUGUGUGUCUGCUCUGCACCCCGUCGUCGCACAGCUUCCGAAGGCGCAACACAGCAGCCGCCACGGCCCACCGUGUCGUCGGCUGCGCCUGCAUCGUUCCGAUCGUCAGCCGCGGCUAUUGACGGACCGUUCGUUGGCAGUUUCGAUCGUGGGUUUGGCAAGCACGUGCAGCUAUAUGAUCACUCGUCCGAGGAGACGCACCACUCACCGACAAGUCCGUCGCAGCGAGAAGAGUUUGGACAGCAGUUCCAUGCGUACGCAAGUCCCGCUGCCAUCAAACUCGGAGCAAGUGCCAAGCGCGAAUCGUUCUUCGUGUGAGAUUUUAAACACUAUGUACCAAUUGAUCAAUGAUGGAUCCUUCC